AUUUGGUAAAAUUUUUGUUUGUAUUGUUUUUUUUUUUUCAAUAGAAAGCUCCACGAUCUUGGAGUGACGCCAGCAUAUGUGAUGUUACUGUGAAGCUGCAACGUUGCGGUGAAAGUCUGUGUUGGAAUUCAGGGAACACAAUGUGUUUUACCGGGAAUUCCUUGGAAUUUUUUUAUUUGUGUUUCAUCGGCACUCCAUUACGAAUAAUUCUUGUCCAAAUGCAUCAGAGAAGUCCUUUCUCUUUGUGUGUCCUUUGCUCCAGGAAUAGACUGAACCAGCAGUGAAGUUUUUCAACAGCCUAUAGAAAACAAUGAAGCCAAAUUUAGGAUCAUGGAAGAAAGACAACGUCUCCAGAAUGGACAAAUACAUGGAGGACAUGCCGCAGCUGAGCAACGAGAUGCAGCUCAGCAUAAUGAACAAGGUGAAAAGCGGAGAGCUGUCCAUCGAAGACGCUCUGACCCAGGCCCGGAGGAACCGAGAUCAGCUGCUCACACAGAAGAGUCUGGCUGAAGAGGAAGAGCAGACAACUCAGUAUAACUUCAGUGUUAACAAACAUGGACGCUACAGGUGGCAGAAGCGGGUUAUUCAGAUUGACUUCAAGACCAAGAUGCUGUGCAGCAUAGAGAAGGGCAUCGUCAAGAGGCAGCUUCCCUUCUCCAGGGUGAAGAGCUGUGACGAUGGAGUCGGCUCCAGGUUCACGAUUUCCUUCAAAGAACACCAUGACUAUGAACUAGAGGCGAGGUCGCUGGAAGACAAACAAAAAAUGAUACAGCUCGUCAAUAAGAUCAUUUAUGGGAACAUCUAUUGUGAUGAUGAGGAGGGGACAGGAGACGAUCAUCAACAGCCUCAGGCGUCACACAGCCUCAGAGAGGGAAUCCUCCUGCUACACAGAGGAGGCCUGGCAUCGUUCAGAUGGAUCAAGUACGAGGUCCAGCUGCACCCAGGUCAGCUGACGUUGAUGCCCUUUCGUCGUCACAGCCCUGCUGACAGUGGAGUGACGUCUGCUGUGCCCAUGCAAAUUGUGAUUCACUUGUCUGACGGUGACACCUGUGUGCAGAGAACUUCCAGCCCGGACGCCUUCACUCUGAUCACUCACAAAAAUCAGUACCAAUUUAAAGUUCUUUUAUCCGAUCAAGCCACGACUCAAAAUGCCGCCCAGAAGGAGCGAGACGCCUGGGUCACAGCCAUCGACAAACUGUGUCUAGACUGGAAGAGGAAGUCCAAGGGAGAUUAUGGAUUUUUUGAAACCUGGACAUUACGAGACAUCAGCAUAGGGGAAGACCCAGAGGACUCCAGCUCAGACCUGGAGUCAAGUGGUGGUUUCACUGGAAGUAGAACAUCCCCAACCAAACCUCCAGUCGACUGUUCAAACACAGAAACCAGGACACAAAGCAGAAGUGACGAAUCAGCUGCUUCUACUAAGACUGUCCCUGAACCUCGCACCACAGAGACGGCUGAUGUGGAUAUUUUACCACCACACUCAUCUCCUCCCUUAACACCCACCAUUCCUACACCCCCACCCUUUCUACCAACCCCAGUGCCAGAGACCCCCAAGAGUAAACCGUCCCCAUCAUCUCAGGUCAAAAUCCCUUCUCCUCCAAAUAUUCCUCUCCCUCCACCGUUACCUUCCAAAGCCAGUACAUUGUCAAGAAAACCACAGACCAAGGCUUUUCACUGGGACCAAGUCAAUCAGGAAAAGAUUGCAAAAUCAUUUUGGAAGCAACAAAGUCCCAGGACAAUUGAAGUAGACACUACACGUCUAUAUGAGCAAUUUGCCGUUAAGAGUCUGGGGACGUUUGCUGCGGUGGAGCACAACAACACCCAGGAGAUUCUGCUGGACAAGAAGAUCGCACACAACUUCAACAUUUUUCUCAAAAGUUUUCCCGUGCUGCCCGGAGAGCUGAAGGACAAACUCUUUAUUUUAAAUAAAGACGAUGGAGGGCUGUCGGACGAACACAUCAUGUCGCUCAAGAGGUACGUGCCCACCAUCGAAGACGUGGACAUGUACAAAUCCCAUAAAGGCCCUGUGACCGACCUACACAUUGUAGACCAGUACAUGAUGGAGAUGUGCAACAUCCCAUACCUGGACGCACAGCUGGACCUGUUGCUGACUCUCAGAGAGCUGCCCAGCAGCAUGAUGGACCUGCAGCCCCUGAUUAAUCAGAAGAUUAGAAUGUGCCUCCAGCUGUGUGACUGCAGGUCAUUUGUGUCCGUGCUGGAGUACCUCCUCGCCAUCGGCAAUUACCUCAAUGAGAACGCCGGAAAGGGAAAGGCCAAGGGAUUCCGCCUCUCCUCCUUAACUAAACUUCCGCAGCUUCGUGGGAAAGACAAGUCGUUCACCUUGACCCAUGCCCUUGUGGAGCAGAUCAUGUUACAUGACCCAAUCUUGGCCAUUUUUACCCAAGAGUUGGCAGAAUUUGAAACUGUCCCAGGAGCGUCCAUAAAGGGUCUGACCGCAGAAGUAGACGUUUUGAAGAAUGAACUGCAGAAAGUGGCUCAGUACAGAAAAACCUUCAAGAAGAGUCAUGCUGCAAGCCUCCCCCCCAAAUUCUCCAAAGACCUGAAGGUGGCUGUUGAUAAAUACAACACAGAUCUGGCUGCACUGACAAAGACGUGUGAAGAGAUGAAGAAACUCUACGCCGCCGUGCUGGUUAAAUUUGGAGAACCAGCGAAUCAAGACUCUCAAGAACUGUUUGGUACCAUCAGUCAGUUUGUGCACGACUUUAAGAGAGCGUACAGUGACAUCAUAUGAGCUACACAACCGUUAAGUAUGCUUUAAAAAGGGAAAUGUAUUCAGUAUUUACUGUAUUAGGUUUGUUCUUGCUUGGGUUAUAUACAUUAUUUUAUUGUAUAAUAUGUUCUGGAUGUGAAUAAUUGUACAGAAAUAAGAAGUGUUUCUGAGUGUCUUUGGUCAGCGAUGACUUUUUGACUUGAAGUUUACUCUGUAAAAUUUCCUCUGAAGCCAAUCAGUGAGGAGUGAUUCUGAGACGUCUGCUUUGUGCACAGAUGCUCUGCAGGCAGAGGAAUAAAGCAGAGAACACUUCAGAGGC